UAAAAACGUUAUUGCUCCUGGCCACUUUCUACGAUACGUGGCAUUAGCACGAAUAACUUCCACGUUCGCCGCCAUUUUGACAUCCAGCGGAUUUCUGAGAUUUCAUUUUAAGUAUAGCGUUUUUUUCUCGUUAGUGAAGGUAUUUUGGUGUGGAAAUAAUACAUACAAGGCUGAAAAAUGGGGAAUAUGUUUGCAAAUUUAUUUAAAGGCCUAUUUGGCAAAAAGGAAAUGAGAAUAUUGAUGGUCGGUCUCGACGCCGCUGGUAAAACCACAAUACUGUACAAACUGAAACUAGGCGAAAUUGUUACAACAAUCCCAACUAUUGGAUUCAAUGUGGAAACUGUAGAAUACAAAAACAUCAGUUUCACCGUGUGGGAUGUCGGCGGCCAAGACAAAAUCAGACCACUGUGGAGGCAUUACUUCCAAAACACACAGGGUCUCAUCUUCGUAGUAGACAGUAACGAUCGGGAGCGUAUCGGCGAGGCCCGCGAAGAGCUCAUGCGAAUGCUGAGUGAAGACGAGUUGCGGGAUGCAGUGCUGCUGAUCUUCGCUAACAAACAGGACCUGCCGAACGCGAUGAACGCAGCGGAGAUCACGGACAAGCUGGGGCUGCACUCGCUGCGCAACCGCAACUGGUACAUCCAGGCCACGUGCGCCACGUCGGGCGACGGCCUGUACGAGGGGCUCGACUGGCUUUCCAACCAGCUCAAGAACGCCAGCCGCUAACGUGCCCCACACACAACACUGAAAGAGACUAUGGUUUAAGAUAUCUUAACUUUAUUUGCUAUAAAUACGAUGUAUUAUGUGCGGAAUCAUAAAUGUAUUACUUACUGAUACGUCGUCGGCCCGCGACCGAGCUCGCAUCGUGCGCGGGACGGUACCUCGCUCGCCCGCGCUGGCUGCUCGAUCCUCGACGACGUUGAACAAAAUAUAGCGUGUAAAGUUUAUGCAAAAAUACAAUUUUGUUUAUAAUUAAUAAUUAUCAGUAAACGAGAAGAUACGACACUUUUGUGUCGCGCAUCGUGAUGUGGAUAGGUAUGUAGCUAACACGUGAUAAAACGAAUCACAGUAUAACAUGUUUUGUAUGUGUACUAUAAUGUUGAUUAAGUUGUCGUAAUAAAGUAUUUAAAGUUACUUCAUACCUGCUGACUUUGAUUCAAUCGGACCGGGGAGGCAGGCGGGGCUGAGGCCCGCCGGUAGCCUGUUCACAUCGCUUUGAUUUUUACUAUAACAAUUUUUCACAUGCUCCUCUUAAUUGUAUGGUGGUGUCACCAGUUUUGUGCAUAUUCCACUUAUUUGAACGACUUAUUGUAUGAUGAUAGUUUAUUUUUUGGAGUUAACGUGGUAGAGUAAGCUGUUAUGUAUUUCCAUUACGAUAGUUCCGAUCGACGGUUGAUGGCGGCCAGUCGUGAGGAGUCUGCAUUUACAGUUAUCUCACGGCGAACCGAGAUUAUUCUUGUAACUUAGGUAUAUGUAUGUAUUAGAUAAACAUGGUGUCAUUUUGAGAAGUGUUUCUACCUACAGGGAAACAGUGCUCAGAAUCUUCAGCUCUUACACAAUUAAUUAUAACUUAGCAUUUUUAUAAUAAUUUAGAAGAAAUUGUUAAAACCUAAUAUCCAAGGAUACACUGUGGCUCGUGUGGUGAAUAGUCUUUUUUUAUUUUUAUGAUAUGAUAUGAGAAUCAAAAAAAUAUUGAAAAUGCGAAAUGUGACAUUCCGGUUUGUCUUAUGCUGUAUUAUGGAAUAAAAUAUCCUCACAAA